AUGGCUAAUGCUAGUGCAUUAUCAUCAGUUACAUUGGCCCCUGAUGUUCAUGCUCGAAAGGAUGAGCUUCUUGUAUCCAGUGACCGUAACUUUGCUGUUCACGGUGAGAUUAUGAUGCUGGUUCUAUUCUUGCUUUUCGCUUUAUUUCUUCUGUUUAUUCUCUACUUUAUGUGCCUAAAGCGGUUAAAGGAUGCCUCAAAACUCAGCCAAUCGGAGCUGGUUUCGCCAAGGAAUUUUACAAUUUCUAAUUUCAAAGGUCAGAUCAGAGAUGGGUAUUUGAUGCAUCAUUCUGUGGAGUCUAAGACAACCCAGCAACCUGUAUAG